GUAUUUAAUUUUGCGGCUCACAAGGGGACACAGUUGGGGAGAAAGAGGAGUGCGAGCGAGUGAUCAUCUGGCACGCUUAGCUGAUUGCGCCAAUUCUCCCUUCUAAGACCAUGGCCGUGUCUGCUGCUACCGCUGCCUCUAAUUUCCUUCGCCCUCUUUAUCGAAUAGAAUUCCCCAAAUGCCCUCACCUUUCUUCUGAAUCACAGUUUCGCCUUCAGCUCCUUCGCUCCCAUCAAACCCAAAGAACCACAAUUCGUGCCACCUCUGCUGCUGUUGUUGUGGAGUCGGAUUUAACCACGCAGCACGAUCUGAAUACACAAGUCGACUUAUUCGCAUGUCCGAUAUGUUAUGAACCAUUGAUAAGAAAAGGUCCUGUUGGCUUUAACUUAUCAGCAAUCUACAGGUCUGGUUUCAAGUGUAAGAGAUGUCAAAAAGCAUACACCAGCAAAGAUGGGUAUCUGGAUUUGACAGUGACUUCUGGGUUAAGAGAUUACACUGAAGUUCAACCAGUUCGGACUGAACUUUUUAGGAGUCCUCUUGUUUCAUUCUUAUAUGAAAGAGGUUGGCGUCAGAAUUUCAGGCAAAGUGGCUUUCCUGGUCCUGAAGAAGAGUUCAAAAUGGCUCAAGAGUACUUUGAACCUGCUAAAGGUGGUCUGAUCAUCGAUGUUAGCUGUGGAAGCGGAUUAUUUUCCCGAAAGUUUGCCAAUUCUGGAACCUAUUCUGGAGUCGUUGCUCUAGAUUUUUCUGAAAAUAUGCUUCGCCAAUGCAAUGAUUUCAUUAAGAAAGAUGACACACUUUCAUCCACUAAUAUCGCCCUUGUAAGGGCAGAUGUUUCUAGGCUUCCCUUUGCAUCAGGUUCAGUUGAUGCUGUUCAUGCUGGUGCUGCUUUGCAUUGCUGGCCAUCUCCGUCCAAUGCUGUUGCUGAAAUCACCCGUGUACUAAGAAGUGGUGGAGUAUUUGUCGGAACCACUUUUCUUCGUUAUACUUCAUCAACUCCGUGGAUUUUACGCCCCUUCAGAGAGAGGACUUCUCAAGGCUAUGGCUUUUUAAAAGAGGAAGAAAUUAAAGACCUUUGCACCUCAUGCGGUCUUACAAAUUACUCAUGCAAAAUCCAGAACUCUUUUAUUAUGUUUACAGCUCAGAAGCCAUAAAACUUUGUGAUCCAUUUAUAAAAUUGAUUUUCCUACAUUAUAAUAAUUAUCCAUCCAUAUUUGUUGUAUUAUGUGCUUCAUCUGUAAAGAAAUUGUAAAUAAAAAUAUACCAAAAAUUAAAAGGUGCAAACUGGAGUGUCUUGUAAAGAUUCACAGGUUGAUAAUCGUAACAUAUAUUUCUUUAAAUA